CAGUGGACAUGAACAUGGCUAUGCUUUCAUUUUUCCAAAUUUCCAUUUCCCUACUCCUUUGCACCCAGACCACGAUCUCCACAGAGGCGUUUGCCGCCGAUCCAAAUGACACCACCAAAACAAACAACAGGUGUAGGGGUCACGAGCGAUCAGCUCUUCUCGCCUUCAGAGCAGGCCUAUCAGACCCAUCCAACCGCCUCGCAUCAUGGGAGGGCGACGACUGCUGCCAAUGGCAUGGUGUCCGCUGCAGCAACAGAACCGGCCAUGUGAUUGGCAUUGAUCUACGAGAUGGUGGCUGCCACCUGUUGGGGGCCCCGGGCAUGCAAGCACUUGGGGGCAACAUCAGCUCCUCACUGGCUGGAUUGCGUUAUCUGCAGCACCUCGACCUCAGCUGCAACAAGUUCGACAAUCCACGAAUUCCGGGGUUCCUGGCCUCUCUACACGAGUUGAGAUAUCUCGACCUGUCGCAGUCGAGCUUCACCGGAAGGAUACCACCGCAACUGGGUAACCUCUCCCACUUGCAUUACUUGAGUCUUGCUUCCGAUUCUAGCGGCAUGCUCUACACGGAUGUCACCUGGAUGUCACGGUUAUCUUCCCUUGAGUACCUCGACAUGGAAAACGUGAACCUCAGCACCGCUGUCAACUGGGUUCCCAUUGUAAACAUGCUUCCUUCUCUUAAACAUCUUCAUCUUGCCGGAUGCCAGCUUCCUGGAAGCCAUUAUUCCACUAUACAUUCAAAUCUGACAUCUCUGGAGACUCUUGAUAUUUCGGAGAACAAUCUAGAAGAACCCAUCGCACCCAACUGGUUUUGGGAUUUGACUAACCUUAAGGAACUUGAUGCCUCAUGGAAUCAAUUCCACGGCUCAUUUCCUAAUGAGCUAGGGAAUAUGACAUCCAUAGUUCGCCUUUAUUUCGGAGGAUCCAAUAACCUUGCCGGCAUGAUACGUUCAAAUCUGAAGAAUCUUUGUAACUUGGAAAAAUUAAGUUUGUUUGGGAACAGUAUCAAUGGGAGCAUAACAGAACUUUUCCAACGUUUACCUAGUAAUAACAUAACUUGGAGAGACAGCAAUGCUACGAGAAGCCUGCCAACCAAACUAUCAGAACCCUUGAGCAGCUUGAUUUUGCUUGACCUCAGUCAGACUGAGUUAACAGGAGCAGUCCCACCAUGUAUAGGAGAAUUCACAAAGCUAACUGUAUUGGACCUCAGCUUUAACAAUCUUCACGGUGUAAUGCAUCAAGGCCAUUUCUCAGGCUUACAAAUAUUAAAAGUUCUAAGCCUGUCUGGUACCUCCAUAUCAAUCAUUGUGAAUUCAAGUUGGGUCCCGCCCUUCAAUCUAGAAGAGAUCGAGCUUGCAUCCUGCCAGCUAGGGCCCAAAUUCCCGGCAUGGCUUAGAUGGCAGCCAAAUGUAUCUAAUCUUGACAUAUCAAAUACAGGCAUAUCUGACAUGCUACCAGAUUGGUUUUGGCAAGUGUUUUCUUCAGUAGAGAAUCUAAACAUGAAGAAUAAUCAGAUCAGAGGAGUCCUGCCACCUAGAAUGGAAUCUAUGAGAAUAACAACAUUGGUCCUCGGAUCUAAUCAAUUCAGUGGGCCCAUACCUAUAAUGCUUCCCAUUAAUCUGACUGUCCUGGAUCUUAGCAGGAACAAUAUAUCUGGGCCGCUACCUGUAAACUUUGGAGCUUUAUUGGGACUUGAAAUACUUCUUCUAUUUGAAAAUGCAAUCUCCGGCAUGAUUCCAUCUUCUUUGUGCAAUUUGCUGUCACUGCAAUUAUUGGAUAUGUCCGAAAAUGAGCUCACUGGGCCAUGUCCAGACUGCGUAUUCACUGGGACAAGUUUGGAACCUUUCGAUCUUUUUGAAGGACAGGGACUUCGCAGUUUGAGCUUAAGAAAUAAUAAAUUGUCUGGUGAGUUUCCUUCAUUUCUCCGAAGCUGCCAGCAACUCGGGUUUCUUGACCUCACAGAAAAUCAGUUUCAUGGGACUCUGCCAUCAUGGAUUGGAGAAAAGCUUCCAUCUUUGGUAUUCCUUCGGUUGCGAUCUAAUAUGUUUGAUGGUCAUAUCCCAGUGGAUCUUACUGAGCUAGUUAACCUCCAAUAUUUGGACCUUGCCAACAACAGCUUAUCAGGUAGCAUACCUCAUUCUAUAGUCAAUUUCAAAGGGAUGACCAGUAGUCCAAAUAAUAUUGGUGCAAAUGUAAUAUAUUCCACAAUGACUGUGGACGUUAGCUUUGUGGUUGACUAUACCGAGAACAUCACUGUAGUCACAAAAGGUCAGGAACGAUUAUAUACAGGAGAAAUCAUAUAUAUGGUGAAUCUGGACUUAUCAUGUAACAAUCUUACUGGAAAGAUUCCUGUGGAGAUCGGUAUUCUUCUUGCAUUGACGAGCUUGAACUUGUCAUCGAAUGCGUUCAGCGGAGAAAUUCCUGAAACAAUUGGAGCCCUAGUGCAAGUGGAGUCUCUUGACCUAUCACAUAAUGAGCUAUCAGGAGAAAUCCCUACAAGCCUGUCAGCUCUUACAUCUUUGAGCCAUUUAAAUCUGUCAUUUAACAAUCUAAUUGGAAAGAUACCAUCUGGCAAUCAACUGCAAGUGCUUGAUGACCUAGCGACAGUCUAUAUUGGCAACCCUGGUCUUUGCGGUGAUCCUCUCUUCAAGAAAUGUCCAGAAGAUGGUCUACCGGAUGCUACUUUAAAAGACCACCAACAUAGAAGCGAUGAUAUUUUCCUUUUUAUUGGCGUAGGUUCUGGAUUCGUGAUGGGUCUCGCAGCAGUCCUCUACCUAUUCUUGUUCAAGGCAAACUGGAGAGUUCUUUGCUUCGCAUUCUACGACAGAUUGUAUGAUAAGCUUUAUGUGCAAGUGGCUGUUAGUUUUGCUUUGUUGAUGAGAUCACUUGGUAAGAGCUGAGAUCACAAUUAUGUGGUGUUUCAUUUGCCUCCCUUGUGAAAUAUAUACAUAGGAGCUGAGAUCAACUGGUCCCGGUCUUGAAGUGCGAACCUCAGAACAUACAUAAUACGUGUGAAAUGGAUAUAUUUAUAAGCACCAGAUGCUUUGUUUUUUUCUGAGUUAAUUUCCCCCUCCUAGC